GUAUGCAUUGACUCUUUGUCAUCACAAUAUUACAUGAAAUAAGUUUUUUCCAUAAAGUAAGACUAGAUUUGCACCAGUCGUAGUAAAUUAGUUGAAACUAGUAUUUUUUAAUCACUCCUAAUAGAUAAUAAAACAAACUAAUUUGACUAACAUCUCACAAUUUCCUGCGACUGAUUAAACUGACGAUAUCAAAUCAGUUGUACUACAAUAAAUGUGUCUACAUGUAGAUCAGUCUAUAUCAGGUGUAAUAUAACCCUUAUCUUUGUUAUCUUUUGGCACCCAGUUAACAAAUAAUAAGAUGCUGCUACCACCUAACACUAUCAUCUAUUUAAAACUAAAAUUGGUCCAAUUAAAAAGAAACAUUAAAAUCUUCAACAUCAUUUGCUAUUUGAAAGUUGUUGGAGAAACAUUGCAUUUAAAAUUAAAGAAAGAAAUGAAAACAAAAACUCGUUUGGAACCACCGGAUGGAGGCUGGGGUAUUUUGGUGUGCAUAGGCAUGGCCAUGCCAUUUAUUAGCGGUUUAGCGGCUUUGCCUUCAUUCGGUUUAGUUUUUGGAGAUUUUCUGAAAAGUAUCGGAGCCGAGACAAGUGCAAUUGGUUUUAUAACUAGUGCUUUCUUUUGUGCAUUUAGUUUUGCCGGUCUGUUUUCGGGAUCAUUAUUUAAUCGUUUUGGUUUACGGACGGUGGGUUUAUUAGGUGGCACCCUGUAUUUUGUAGGCUCUCUACUGCAGAUAUUCGUGACUUCUACUAUAACCCUGCUAUUAGCUUUCAGUCUUAUACAAGGCACAGGCUUUGGACUAAUGGUACCCACUUCUUAUACCACUUUUAAUAAUUAUUUUGUUAAGAAACGUAUUAUGUGGAUGAGUUUUGCUCAAUCGUUGAUUGGUGUUGGUUCCAUGUUUUAUCCGGUAUUAAUGCAAAAACUUUUAGAAGCCUAUGGUUUUAGAGGUUGUCUAAUGGUUUUGGCUGCCAUUAAUUCGCAUGCGGUUUUGGGUAUGUUGUUAAUGCAACCAGUGGAAUGGCAUAUGCGUAAAGUGCUGGUGGAAGAUGAAGAAAUUCAAGAAAUUGAUAAUACUUUAGAGCUGACAAGAGUUACUCCAAAAGAAGAUGUAGAACAAACAUCGAAUACUGAUAACUGUCCUGAAGAAGAUUCAAAUCAUCUUUCACCACUCAUGUACAAUCGUAAAAGUUCUCAAAAAUUAUCACGUGAAAUGUUGGAGAAAAUUUCUAGCCGUUGUUCGAGUAUAACAAGUUUAGGCAACUGGACUGGUCCCAUAGUGGUCUCGGAUGCUUCACCAGAAAUGUCAAAUAUUUUGGGCUCACGCAGACCUUCCACCAUAGUUUCUGCUGUUGCCUCUCAAUCGUGUGUUAAUGAAGAGAAACGCUCAAUAUGCCAAAUUAUAGUAGACUUUUUAGAUUUGACCCUUUUAAAGAAACCCAUUUAUGUUAAUAUAGUUUUGGGUAUAUCUUUUGCUUUAUAUUCAGAUAUAGCAUUCUUUACUUUGCAACCUUUGUAUAUGUUCGAAUUGGGUUUUAAUAAGCCCGAUACUGCCAGUGUUAUAGCAAUUGGUGCUGCAGCCGAUUUAGGUUCUCGUAUAUUUUUAGCCUUUUUAGCGGUCUUUGUGCAAAUGCCUUCCAGAUACAUUUAUUUGGCUGGUUCAUUUUUUACUGUUAUAUCCAGAUUCGUUUUUCUAAAUGCUUUCGAUUUCAAAAGUAUGUCAAUUAUAACGGCCGUUAUGGGAUUUUUACGUACUUGGAUACAUGUACCGUUACCUCUCAUUUUUGCUGAAUAUUUGCCAAAAGAAAGAUUUGCCAGUGGCUAUGGUCUUUUUAUGUUUCUACAGGGUAAUAUUAUGUUUGCCAUUGGUCCUGUGGUAGGUUAUUUACGUGAUAAAACCCAGGAUUAUAUAUUAACAUUUCAUUGUCUGAACUUUUUUAUGGGCUUGUGUGCAUUUCCCUGGAUUUUAGAAAUUAUUUAUGUUAAAUUUCGCAGACGUACUAAAAUUAAUGCCAACAAUUUAAAUUAAGAAAGAAAAAUACUUAAUAAUAAAUAAAUAUUUUUGUAAUAAACUUUUUAAUAAAUGGUUACCUAGUACUCGUUUAAAGCAAGUAAAAGACCAACCCU